AUGGACAUUCCUCUGGUAGCAUUGGCAGUUGUUGGGCGCGAUGACGAGGGCAAGGGAGACCGUAAAGUUGGUAACUAUCUCAUGGAUGUGUUAAUGCGGGUUAAAAGGAGACUGCCUGCAUUUUGCAUUGAUCAAAUUGAACUUGUCAAGAUUAUUUUUUUCUGGAAGAAGCAAGACUUCACUAUCAAGGCUAUGUUGAAGAUGAGGAUGUUUGCUUGGGACUCGGUUGACUCGUGCAUCGUCGAUGGGCCGAUCGCUGGAGCACGUGACUAUCUAGUGGCAAACAAGUUUGCAAGAACACAUUGCAUUGAUCCAUAUCCUUUGUUUGAGAAAAUGAUGGAGGUUUUUGACGUGUCCCCGGCUGAGCUGAUUGAAAGUGUAGGCUCCUGUUCGAGUGGUGAUCCAGCAGAAGACAUAAAUAAUCCUUGA